GCACUUCGUCCGGUUGGUUCAGUUUUUUUCUUCUGUUUUUCGUGUUCCGAGUUCCGAGUUUAAGUCCCGCGGGAAUAGCUUCUGAGAGUGUAAUAAAGUUGCGCUGAGCGUUAGAUAGGCGAAGCACGUUUUCAAAAAUAGAUCUUCGAUUGUUUCUUGGUUCCUCAUAAAAGAGAAAAAAAAGGCAGCCAAGUAAGAAGAAAGGAAGCGUUGCUGCAGCUCGACUUGAAAAGAGAAAAGAUAUUUGAAAAAAAAAAUAGAAGAAAACACCGUUCGAAUUACAAACUGUGACUAAAAAUUCCUCCUCACUCAAUUAUAGCAUAGCGUUGUUGUUGUUAUUGUUGUUGCCACCAUUGGCGUUGCCGUAAGUUUCUGUUAGCGGGGAACGAAAGGAAGUGUCACAAACGUCGAACUGCCGUACGAGACACGUGAAAAAUACGGCACACAGGUGGAGGAAGUGAAGAAAGUGAAGAAAACUGCAUCUAACCACUAUCUAAGCCCGGCGAACGUGGUCUCAGAUAGAGCCUAGGCGACGACACACAUCCCAAGAAGAAGGAGAGCCGCAACUAACAAACAAAACGAGAUUUCCUUGGGGCGAAGCAGCAGCAGCAGCAGGAGAAAGUUGUCGGUCAGCAAGUCUAAGUAGGCUAGAAGCGUAAGAGCGACGAAACGUUGUUGUGGAGUAGGAGUUUUGGGAAGUUUACAACCCUAAUAGCUAUUUGGUGGAAUAUUGAUAUACAUACCGACAUAGGAGGCGGUGAUCGUCUAGAAGUAAACAACAGCAGCAGCAGCAGCAAGCCAUGAUGACAGAAACGGUUGUUACGGUGGACCAAUCCCAUGCGAGUCCGGGGGCUCAACAGCAGCAGCAGCAGGCCAAGCCCGAUAGCAGUCUGAACUGGAUCAAGUUCAAUUUGCUGUACUUCAAGUCGAUACCCGGCAUUCUGAAGCUGGUUCAGCUGCUCUUCGGUAUCAUCUGUAUGGCCUGCGCUUCCCCCGCCCUCACCGGAGGCACCCACUGGUUCCUGUUCGUCGUCGUUACAUCAUUCAUCGCCACCGUUCUGUGGAGUUUCAUAUAUCUGCUGGGAAUCCGGGAAGUUCUGAAUCUGCCGAUCAACUGGAUACUGACGGAAUUGAUUAAUACUGGAUUCGCAACGUUCUUAUAUUUGAUUGCAUUCAUCGUUCAGCUGGCGGUCUGGUCCAAAUAUUACGGAUAUGCAGUGAGCGCUAAUAUUGCAGCGGGAGUGUUCGGUAUUUUCAACUUCCUUGCGUAUGCCGCGGGUACGUACUUCCUGUACGUGGAACACAAAUCCAGCGGAGUGUAACUCGAUUCCAUUGUGAGCUCGAAUGAGCAUUUGUAUUCGUAAGAAGAAAAUUACAAGGAUUUUCUUAAAAUUUUCGUUGACGCAAGAAACCAACCGAUCAUGAAGUAUGAAACAAAAUGCGUGUCAGAGAAUCAAACCUACGAGAAUCCAAAAAAAACACAUUACUAAAAGGUUCAAAUUUUUUAAGAUGUAAGAAGGCAUUUCGGGAGAUCUACGAAAACGGAAACAAAAAAAAAACAAAUUAUCUUAUGUGACAGCAUAAGAGAUCAAAAGACGCAGCUAAAAGUAUAGUCAAUUAGAAACUAAUGGCGUACAUUUCAGUAUAAGCAUUUUAAAUCAAGUAAAUUUUUAGUUGUAAAGAUAGAGGACAGAUGAAGUUGUUGUAACAUCAAUUAACGUUUCACCAUAUCGUUGCUAAUUUAAUCUUUCGUUGAAUUAUGACAUAUCACCCGACUAACGAAUCCGCAAUUGAAGAACCAAAUAGAAAACAGAAAUUAAACAUCGCUCUACUUUUCGGAGGUUAACAAACGAAAAAACCAGUGCACAACAUUAAACUUAUUACUAACUUUUAUAUUCACACCCAAAAUUGUUAAAGAAGAAUUUUGUGGAAGGUUAGUUAGAUCCUAGUGAUGAAUCCUGAAUAAGUGAAAUAGUAGUUGUCUUUUUUUUUAUCUUCAUAUGUAUUUACCAAUAGAAUGUUCGAAGCAGAAGACUAGGAUGCGAGUAGGUAGUUGAAUGUUAAAAUAUCAUUUACAAAUAAAAACGAUGCUAUUUAUGUUGAAAGUGA